UGACGUCACUAAGUGGGCGUGGUCGUUCUUAGGAAUAACUCGCUUGGGCUAACGCUGCUGCUUGUCGUCUUGUCAGUUUUGUCUUCAUCGCACUCGUCUUUACAUUCGAAGCAGUGGAGAUGGGUAGCUGUUUGACGGUUGGUCCAAACGAAGCUUUGGUGGUGUCUGGCGGCUGUUGUGGCUCUGAUGUGAAGUCCUACGUGGUGGGGGGGUGGUCAUGGGCGUGGUGGCUCCUGUCGGACACCCAGAGGAUCACUCUGGAGAUCAUGACCCUGCAGCCUCGCUGUGAGGAUGUGGAGACGGCAGAGGGCGUGGCCAUCACUGUCACUGGCGUGGCUCAGGUGAAGGUCAUGACCGAGCAGGACCUGUUGGCGCUGGCGUGCGAGCAGUUCCUGGGAAAGUCAGUGAUGGAGAUCAAAGCUGUGGUUCUGCAGACCUUGGAAGGACACCUGCGCUCCAUUUUAGGAACGCUGACGGUGGAGCAGAUCUACCAGGACCGGGAUCAGUUUGCCAAGCUGGUGCGGGAGGUGGCGGCACCCGACGUGGGUCGGAUGGGCAUUGAGAUCCUCAGCUUCACCAUCAAGGACGUCUACGACAAGCUGGACUACCUGAGCUCGCUGGGAAAGACUCAAACAGCCGCCGUACAGCGGGAUGCAGACAUUGGCGUGGCGGAGGCGGAGCGGGAUGCCGGGAUACGGGAAGCCGAAUGCAAGAAGGAGAUGAUGGAUGUCAAAUUCCAGGCCGACACCAAAAUGGCUGACUCCAAGCGAGAACUGGAGCUGCAAAAAGCAUCAUUCAACCAGGAAGUGAACACUAAGAAAGCUGAGGCCCAGCUGGCCUACGAGCUGCAGGCGGCCAAGGAGCAGCAGAAGAUCCGCCUGGAGGAGAUCCAGAUUGAGGUGGUGCAGAGGAAGAAGCAGAUCUCCAUCGAGGAGAAGGAGAUCGAGCGCACCGACAAGGAACUCAUCGCCACCAUCAAGCGGCCCGCUGAGGCCGAGGCCUUCAAGAUGGAGCAGCUGGCCGAAGGACACAAGAAGAAACGAGUGCUCAUCGCCCAGGCCGAAGCGGAAAAGAUCAGGAAGAUCGGCGAGGCUGAAGCAACCUCCAUUGAAGCUGUGGGCAAGGCCGAGGCCGAGAAGAUGAGACUGAAAGCCGAGGCCUACCAACAGUACGGCGAGGCCGCCAAGACCGCUCUGGUCCUCGAGGCCCUGCCCAAGAUUGCUUCCAAAGUGGCGGCACCCUUGGCCAAGACCAAUGAGAUCGUGAUCCUCAGCGGUGAGGGUGGACGAGUGACAGGCGAGGUCAAUCGCCUGUUGGCUGAACUUCCUGUGUCCGUCAACGCUCUAACCGGCGUGGACUUGUCAAAGAUUCCGCUGCUACAGAAGAUGGCCAAGACUUCAGCUUGAGAGGUGGUCCACUUGAAGAACUUUGGUGCCUUACUGGAUCCACGAGCAGAACAGCUGCAUGCUCUCUUGUCUGGGAUUAUGGGCGGAGGGGCGGGGGG